ACCGCCAUGAACACGAUCCCUUCGCAGCCCUUGGCGAAAAAUGUUAUGCAUACAAAUGAGUCUAGGCUCGACUUAAGCAGUAUUCCACCUGUUUCUAUUCUCAGCGCGCACUUCGAGGACGAUGAGAUCGACGACAUCAAAACAACGUUGCGUAGGUGUGGUGCUACACUCACAACCGAUGUUUCCGACGCAAAGUUAUUCAUCGGCAAAGUUGGAACGACGAGACGAGCUGAGUUUGAGUUGAGGUCGCGUAAGUUCAAGGUCGAAGCAGCCCCGGAGCCGAGCCAUGAUUCGCGACCGGAUUCAAACGAAGAACCACCCAACAAGAAAAGAAAACUAUCCUCAUCCGGGUCAUCCCGUGCACCAAUAGUGAUGGAUAACGAUAGCGGGUCUACUAUCGAGGGAGGCCAGAUUGCACCCCCUUCCGUACCUGGAUAUCGGAGUCCAUCAACUGCGUCACCACCGAAUGAAAAUCUGUCAACAUCCUAUUCUAAAGAGCCAUCUAUCCAUGAUGAUCUUGUCUGGGUACUAAAAGUAGACUGGCUUGAUGCUUGUCUUGCAGCCGGUCAUUUGGUCGCUUUAGGAGAGCAUGUGGUCUAUAGAGGCAGAGUCAUCGAGCGACCACCGCCGAGACUAGUGCAUAAAUCUAUAAAGGCGGUUUUCGCUGAGGUAGGAAAAUCGGCUUCAGGAGCUGACCCAGUCAUCCAACAACAAUCUAAUCCAAGUAUUAUUGAGCGAGCCAAAGCAGACCCCGUAGUCGCGGAUUUGAGCCAGAAUUCUCACCAACGCCAGCGGGCUGCGCAACUCCAAUCCCGUCGAUUCGAAGGAAGCUCUUUCGCAUCUGGGAAUCGAAAUCCAACAUUUACAUCGCAAAAGGCACAUCUCCUCCAACAAACGACCAGUGAAUAUGAGGGUGAAGACAGCGAUAUACCGCCUCCUCCUAACUGGGUGAAAGAGCGGAUCCAAUACUCAUGUCAACGCUUCACUCCAGCUGAUGGACCCAACGAAGACUUCCUAAGCCAAGUCGAACAAAUCCAAAUGGCGCGUAUCCUCACCGAUGAUGAGACUGGUACUCGUGCGUACUCAACAAUCAUCGCAUCCAUCGCGGCAUACCCCUUCAAGCUAUCACAUCCUCGCGAGAUCGCGCAGCUACCCGGAUGCGAUGAGAAGGCAGUUUCCCUCUUUGUCGAAUGGAAAAACACUGGCCGAAUACAGGCAGUCGAGGAUUACGAGAGCGAUGAAGAUAUGAAGAUUCUACACAUGUUCUUCGGUAUUUGGGGUGUAGGUGCGAAGACAGCCCGUCGCUACUACUAUAACAACUUCUGGAGAGAACUAGACGACAUUGUUGAACACGGGUGGGAUGAGCUCGACCGAGUGCAACAGAUUGGCGUCAAAUAUUACGACGACUUUUUGCAGAAGAUACCACGAGCCGAAGUUGAGCAGAUUGCGGGAAUAAUUCGCCGUUAUGCUGUACGUUUACGCGACAAUCGUAUCACUGUAACCAUCGUCGGCGGAUACCGCAGAGGGAAAUCCGAGUCUGGCGAUGUAGAUGUAAUUAUCUCUCAUCCGGACCUGGGGGCUACAGCUGGACUAGUGAAAGACCUUGUGGAGUUACUAGAAGACGAUCUGUGGAUCACGCACAGGCUUACUUUGAGUCUUAAGAAUACCCAAAGAGGCCAGACUACGCUGCCAUUCUGCACGAACAAAACUUCGGCCGCCACGAAGAUCUAGCGGUCAACCCCAAUGCCAAAAACCCCAAUAUCCACCGACGUGUCGACAUCAUCGUCGCACCC